UGUGCAGACAGAAGAGAAGAGACUUGUGAGAGAAGUUGAAGUUUCCCCUGACCAUGGGUGGAUCGACUUCCAGUCAACUGGAUGAGACUACAUCCAACUACAUAAAAGAGCAUACAGAGACAGUGCUGAAGGGUUUCGGUCCUCACUUCAAACGGCAGUACCGUGUGACCCUUUGCUCACAACUGCAAGAGGAGUUGGAGCAGCAAAACACCAGCCCGGCACUACUUCUCAAACAGAGGGAGCAAGCAGGUGCGUGUGAGGUCCUCUACGAGGGGAGUGUCUCACAGUGUGAGGAUGCCAAGAAGUGGAAGGACAGAUGGGCCACUCUACGAAACCACAGCCUGGAGCUCCAUGACAACCAGGAGAUGUGUAAGAGAGGGACUCCUGCACGUCAGAAGCUGAACCUAGUUGGGGGCACUGUGGUCACCUCAAGGGAGAAGUAUGAGGCUUUAGUUAAUAAGGCCAUUCCUGAUCUGAACAAUGGACAAGAGGACUCUGCCCCUGAGCUGGUUCCCUCCACUGCAUUUCCAGUGUAUCUGAGGUUACCAUACCGACGCGAUGUUUACCUCUGCUGCCAUGACGACGAACAGCGGCGCCACUUCCUUUGCACACUCAGUCACAGCAUCCGCCAUCAGAAUCAUGACUCUCUGCACAAACCUACGUGUGAGAUGCAGGCCUUCCUGGCAGCCAUUCACUUCCACAGACAGGAGAAAGGCCACUAUGAAUCAUGGGACAUGCUCGUAGGGGACGACGUACAGGUCCUCACACAUCUGGUCAUGGAGGGGCUUAUUCCCUACCUGCAGAAGGAGCUGAUUCCACAGCUGAAGGGGAAGAGGGCAGAGAAGAGGAGGGCCUGGUUGUCUUUGGUGGAGGCUGCCCACACGCAGGUGCUGGCUCAGGUGCAGGAGACACUGCAGAGCUUGAAAGAGGAGUGCAGUGCAGCAGCCCAACAGCAGGGGGUGCUGCUGCGCUCCAACAUGGACCAUAUCAGCUCCUCUUGCGCCUUCCUGGAGACCAAACUUAAAGCCAUGGUGUUGGAGCGAACCCAGAGUGUGUGUGCAGAGCAUGUCAAUCCGUACCUGAGCUCAGUGUUGGAAGAGCUGCUUGGGCCCGUCAAUGGCGGCUUCCAGGCCGUAAGACAGCUGUGCGACGAACAGCUGGAGCGACUCUGCAGGGACGUCCGCCAGGGUUGGACCUUCCAGCAGGUCCAGCAGGCCCUCCAGCAGGCCAGUAAAACAGAGUUGGAGGAGAGCUUCCAAAGACUCGACGCUCUCCAUGAGAAGCUUCAGGAGCUCCAGCAGCGUUUCAGCUUCUCCAACACCACCAAGCUAGUGCAAGGCGCUCAAAAACACAUGCAGCAGCUGAUGGACAAUGCGAUGUACACCUUUGAGUCUCUGCUGCAGUCUACUGUGAAAGACAACCCUGCACAGCUGGGGUCUGUCAUGGAGAAGGCCAAAAUGAGAGUCCUCAAGCAAUAUGACUACGACAGCAGUACAGUGCGGAAGCAAUUCUUUCAAGAGGCACUGAUGGACAUCACACUCCCCGUGCUGAGGAGACACCUGAGCCCCUCAUGCAGACCUGAGCUGGAGAAGUUUGAACAGUACAUAUUUGCAGAUUGCACUGACUUCAUAAAUGUGGAGAAUGUCUAUGAGGACAUUCUGAAGAAGACUCUCACCCCUGAAGUGAACAAAGUGGUGAAGGAGGCAGCCAGUCAGAAGAAGCACAACCUGUUUGUGGACAGCUCCGACCUGCAGGCCAUCAGCCAGGGCAGUCUGAGCGGCAGCCGGACGCCUCCUCCUCUUCUGUCGGACCCAUCCAGCCCUUCCAAGCAGGCGGGCGCUACGUGCUUCCAGUUCCAGUCAGCUGACUUGAAGCCCUCCCCUCUGGUCAGCAGAGUUGGGGCGUCUGAGUGUCAGAAGGAGGAGGUUGCAGAGGAGCCACAGGACCAGCAGGAGAAGCAGGUAGAAGAAGUGAAGAAAGAGGAGCAGCAGGAGAAGCAGGUAGAAGAAGUGAAGAAAGAGGAGCAGCAGGAGAAGCAGGUAGAAGAAGUGAAGAAAGAGGAGCAGCAGGAGAAGCAGGUAGAAGAAGUGAAGAAAGAGGAGCAGCAGCCCAAAGAAGAACAGGAGCCCCUGAGACAACAGGAGGAGCAGGCCAAGGAGCAGGACAGAGUGGCCCAAGUUGCUUUGCCAUCUGUCGAGCUUAAAGAGGAGGUGUCUCCUGAGCCACCGUCCAGUCCUGAAGCGCUGUCAUUUUUGGAGGAGCCUGGACCGGUGCCCACAGACUCCUCUACGGCCUGCACAGACAGAGCUAUCUAUCUCAACCCACCCGCGGGGGUGCCAGCCGGCAGCGCAGUGCCUCUGGCUGAAGACGACGACUUGACCCCACCUGUGCUUACCCAGGUAGCUAAGGCUGAGGCCUCCAGUAUACCACCAGGGAGCAGCAGCGAGGAGACGACAACAACGACGACAACAAUGGUGGCGGUGGUGGCUGCUGCUCUGACACCACAAGCUGGAGGUGAGGGGAGUGUGGAGGAGUCAGAAGGUGGAGGUGGUGGUGGUGCGAGUCUAGAAGGGUCUGGCGGUCAGUCUGCUGAGGGGGAGACCACCUCCUUUGGACUGGUGACCUCUGAGCCAACAGCAGAGGGCACCAAAGCACUUCCAUCAGGCACGCGUGAUGCGGAGGAGGACGACAAGGUGGAGUCUUUUGACUGUGUGAAAGCAAUACGUGAUCUGGUGGUGGAGGUCAUUGAGGUGGAGGACAUCAUCAAGCCCUGUCCUGAUGGCAGCUCUACCUAGAGGCUGCGCACUCUGAUGGACUCGUAUAGUCAAAGGCCGAACAGCCUGAGUCACCAGGACCUUAUAGACAGUAAUGGAAACACAUUUUCUAGACUAGAUAACUAGACUAAAUACAUGUCAUUGACAUAGAAGGGCUUAAUACUAACAGCUGUACUAGGACUCGAUAUUUGGCUUUUUAUUUGACUAACCAAUAGGACAUGCAGUCAAAUCUUGUAUUUUCAUACAACAGUAUCUAUAUUUUUAACGCCUUACAUUAUAUUUUCUUGCCUAAUACUCUGAAAUGAAAAAAUCUCAAAUAAGCAAACAGUGACCCUCACUGAAGAACCUUCUUCUUUGCAUCAACAGAGAAACUUGAUGCAUUAAAUGGUUUAAAGCAA